GCUGUUUGCCUAAGAGUAGCUGAUACAAAUUUGAUUUCUUGAGCAGCAGUCCGCCCGUUUUCUUGGACAUUAGUGAUGAACGACCCAUCAAUUGAUUCUGAUACUCGGUCUUCACCGGUUUUUUUCAACAGAGCAGAUUUUCGCACAGUCAGUGUCAUUUAUGGAUGUUACUAAAUAACUACUGUUUGUCAGAUCUGGAACAAGGGUUAUAGCAGUUAUACCCUCCCAACAAAGGAAUCGACGGAAAAGAAGUGAGACGACCGCAAAAUAAUCAAGGAUCCGGCCUGUAGGAAUUUUCGGCCAGAGCGGAUGAUACACAUUUUCAGCAAAGGCGUAAUAGAACAGAUGAACAGAUAUGUAAAAAUAUUUAAACAGUUGACUCUUUCAGGUGGUUCUUACCUGUGAUGGAGAGAAUGGAGAAGAGGAGGAGGAAAGGUGCCAGCUGAGUGCCUUCUGCUGUCAUCCUCAUCAGAGUCACUGAUCUUGACAGCAAGCUGAUCUCCUCAAAGCCAUCCGAACUGGCCUGUUCCCAAAAUACCUGCUUGAGCCAAUGGAUCAUAAGCAGCAAAGAGACCGAAAGACCAGGACCAGCUACUUUGGCAAUGUCAAGAACAGAUUGGGCUCUAGGUUGCCUGCUGGGGUUACACAGCCUCCUGGCUUCAUCACUGGGCCUUGGGACCAGCCAAGUGGUAGCAGUGGUGCCCAGAACAAGUUUGUAAAACAUCUCAGUGAAGACCGUGGCAUAGGGCCCCUCCACCACCACAUUCGAAACCCCCGUCUGCGCCAGUAUUACCUCCAAGAGGGUACAUCUCUUCCUGACAACCAAGUCUUCACGACCAAGACAAGGGAGUCAGAGCGAGAACUGGAUGAACAGAGCACUGAAGCUGUGUGUCGUGAGGAUACUGUGUUCAGUGUUGCUUCUCGGUUCAGUGCAAAGUCACUGGAUAUGACGAGACUGAGCAAGUCCCCGUCCUCCACCCUUGUUCCCAUACAGCAACUCCGUGUUCCAGAGAGCAAGGCCACUGCCGACAGAUUAUCGGCCACAGCAACACACGCUGAACCCAGUUUGAACUUGGAGCCUGAGCGAGAACCAGACAUUGAGAAUGCUCCUGGUCCCUCUGCUGCUGUAGUCUCACCCUCUACAGACGCCGAGUAUGACAAGCUUCUGGAUGUGGAGGCAGUACCCAUGCCUGAUGGACAGCUAUGCUUAUUGGCUCUUCCACCAGAGUGUACCCAAGGGGAGGGGCCUGCAACUGUCCCAUACCUCACACUGUUUUGCCGCUACAUUACUGACCGGAAAGGUGUGGUCACUGGGAUACUGGUGGUGACGUCCAAUAAGAUCUUCUUUGACCCCAGUAAAACCCACCCCCUGGUAAAGGAGAAUGGCUGUGAAGAGUAUGUGCUUUCCUGCUCUGUGGACAGCCUGGCCUCUGUGUCUUUCUUUUCAGACAUCUCUCAUGUGCACUUCAAUACUUCCUCACAAAGGUGGAAAGGUAAGAAAAAAAUACCGAAGAGUAAAAGUUCCAACAAUUCAAGUAAAAGUCACCAAAACGAAACGAGUGGCACCUCACCCAACCGUUCAGUCAAGGCUGUCUCAGCUCUGGUGUCAUCCACUACAUCUGACCUUCAUCUGGCUCUUGGCCUGAACCCAGACACUGAUGUAUCAGAAGAAGAAGAAGGAGGAGAGAGCAGAGACAUGGCUGAAGCAGAGAGACAGAUGGAUGUCAGUCCAUUGGAGGAGCUGGUAGAGCAGUCCACUGGACCACUAGGGGUAGCUGUUCUGAGCAGUGCUGACACCUUAUGUUCUGGAGGACAAGAUACAGAGAGUAAAAUGGGGGAAGACCAAGAAUGUUUGAAGAACCAGAUAUCAGCACCCACCAAGCCUAACUCUGGUGAUGGUAGGCCUAACCUCAUAUUUGUGAGAAUGAGACAAAAGCAGCAGCAAGGGAAGAAAAACAGCUUUGCUGCCCUUGAGCUUGGAAAACCCAAAACUCUGCCCUCCCGGGACACCUGGAUUGCUCUUUCUCAGGAGAGCUCAGAUGAGCUGUAUGCUUACCUGAGCCAGUGCAGGCCUGACCUAUGCAUACAACAGGCAGGAGAGGAAGAGGUCGACGAAGAGGACUUUGUGCUGCUUGAUGACAAGUCUGGCCAGGAAGACGAAGAGGACGCGUUUCAUACAGAGGCACAUAUGGCUGAAGACUGGGAGAUGGUGAGUGUUGAGGAGGGGGGUGGGAAAAUGCCAGUGACUGUUGACAAGGAACCUGAGGGACUGAGUGAAAUUCUCAGCCAGAGUCAAAUCCUGGAUGCCUUACAAGUCAGAGAGCUGUCUAAAGAGCUGCCUCCUCGGACCGUGGGCCAUGCAUGGAGGUUAGCUUUUAGCAUGUCCCGCCAUGGUACCAGUCUUAAAACUCUCUACAGGAAGCUGAGUACCACUGACUCGCCAGUGAUUCUCAUCAUCAAAGACUCCAAUCACCAGGUGUUUGGCAGUUAUCUCUCUCACCCAUUGAGGCCAAGCGAGUCAUUUUAUGGCACAGGAGAGACCUUCCUAUUUCUGUUACAUCCACGCUUUAAGUGUUUCCACUGGACAGGGGACAAUUCUUUCUUCAUUAAGGGUGACCUAGACUCAUUUUCCAUUGGAGGAGGAAGUGGUCACUUCGGACUGUGGCUGGACCAGUCUCUGUACCUGGGCAGGAGCAGCCCCUGUUACACCUUCAAUAACUGCAGCCUCUCUGAGACUGAUGAUUUCAGAGUCUUAGAGCUUGAAGCCUGGACAUUUUGGUGAAGUGUACCCGUUCCAGCUUACACAGUAGCAUGGACAGUGGAAUGUUCUGCUGAGACUGCCUAACUGCGGCACUGGAAGCAAAGACAUUUAGUUUUAGACUUCCCAGUGCCCACAUACAUUUGUCGUACAUCAGUCACAAUUCAAAGAGACUUAAGUAAGAGACUUCACUAAGGUUUUCUGUUACUGCAUCGCAUGCAAACGUGGGUAUAAGUUACCUAUGAAGAAAACACUACAGCAACUGAGCUGACCUCUUGGAUUAUGCGUGACCCAUCCUUUUGAAUCUAGACAUUCGUACUGUAUGACAUGAAGGUGUACUUUGGGACUAUGCUGGUCAUCUCCUCGUGACCAUGGUUUCUGCUGCUAUGGUAACAGAUAUCUACUCUCAGUCAUGAGGAUUUCUGUGAGUAACAACACUGGUGGAAUACAUUUUUGUCUCAUGUCCUUGGAUUAUGACAACUACAGUGGGUGGGACUGCAUGUUCUAGCCCCAAGCCUCAAGAUGUCAAAUAACACAAGGACUUCUCAUUCAGCUUCAUUUCUCGCUAGCACUAAAUGUACAAACCAGCAAAUUCUGAAGAGUGAGAGGGAGUUAAGUAGAUACUUCAAAGGGCUCCAAACCCAUACUUGUAAGGAAACCAUUUUUGUGUCAUUCUGUGUUCUUGGAUAUCCCUCAGAUAUGCACCAAACCA